AUGACCCUCAAUCGCGGCUGCCUACAAGAACCACCUACCAUUUCCGGACCAUACUGCUCCAACGUGGGAUCAAUGGAGAAAGGUCCAAAAACCAAAGGAUGGGAUAAUAUGAACUCUAAGGCCGCCAUCGACAAAAAGAGUAACGCUCAUAAGUCUUGUGAAUCUGAACAAAGGUCCCAAGGAACCGACACAGAACCAAAUAUAUGGAAUACUACUAAGACCUGCAUUCCAGAGAUGCAGAGCUCCCUGCUCUGGAGAUCCGACUGCUCUUUCAACCAAGGACUCGAGGAGUUAUCAAAGGCCUUCAUCGCAGCGAUCAUGAGAUCGGGAGCCGAGUGUUUGUGCGAGGGGAGCAGCUCUCUCGAGCCGACACUUCGUGAUGAGAGCGUGAUUGUCAUUAGCGACGACGAGGGUGACGUUACCCUCGGGCUGGGAAAUUCGGUGUUGUUGAUUGAAGACGCUGGAGAGGAGUCUUUUGUUCACGAGAAGAAGACUGAAGAGGUCCUCGAUGAGGAACUGGCCAUCACAUUCAGCAAACGGGCUAAGGUGAUGCCUCAUGCGCGAUACGACUGCACGACGCACCAGUUCACACGGGCUGAACGAGAGACUCAAGUCCCGUUAGAUACGAAUGCUACCGCCUGCUCAGAAUGUUACUGCUAUCUCUGUGACAAGCAAUCCUCCGAGUGUCCAUAUUGGACCACCUUGUCUGCCUGCCACUGCAACGCACAUAAUAAGAGUAAAUAUUGGAAGCAACAGAGAGACUCGGCUCUGGCCGGGGUUCUAACCAUAUUUAAUUUGGAUCUCACAGAGAUUGACACAGAGCUUCGAGAAGGAGGGAAGCAGUUGCAGAAUUUCAUUGAUAGACUGUCUGCGGCGUAUAAGAACUAUUUAGAAGGCACGCCGGUUCCCCGGGACAGCCUUAUCGAGUGCGUGUGCGCGUGUCACAGACGGAAGCUCACGCAACCAUGCAACGGAUGCACCGUGAAUCACAUGCAGGUCGUUGUCUACAGGUACUCUCGUGUUUACCAGUUGGUGACAGAAUAUUUAAAUAAAGCCGACAAGGAAAGUCCUAAGACCGCUGCCGUGAUGCUGCUCGGCGUGGCCAGAGAGCUGACCCUCCAUAAAGCCGUACCUAACCCCAUUACGUUUAAAGAUCCCAGUGAGAGCCUUAAAGAGUCCGUCGUCCUUUUAAUGGCAAGGAUCGUGUCAACUCUGCAGAGGCUGCUGGUUUUGGCAGAUUUUCCAAAGAAUAUCUAUGAGAAGUUUGUGAUGUUUUUCCAGUCUCUUCCGCUGCCGCCUCACUGCUACACCUUUACCAACUGCCUGAAUGUCCUCCCGUGGGAUAACUUCCUUUUGACGUCCGUAUUAGCAGGACAAAACUUGAGCGGUCAGCGCACAAACAAAGGCAAGAAGGAGUAUCUGUGGGAAGCGUUACCUGUCGUGCAGUCCAGGGUGAAAAGGCUGGAGCGAGAUAAGAGUUACAGGCAGCUCGUCCGAUACCUGAAUGCUGUGAGAUGCUCCGACGUUGCUGGAUUGACCAGUUUAAGGCAGAAGACCUGCUUCUAUAUGUGCAAGUACGGGGACUUCACAAACGCAGGAUAUUCUUUGUUGUAUAUGAAAGGCAUGCCGAGUAACAUUGCCCUCCGGCUCACUCCGGCUCAAUUUGAACUCUACCUGACCAUGUUCAGAACAAGCAGCUGCCCCCCGGGGGAUGAUCUCGAAGGGUGCGAUGUAUGGAGAACCUGUGGAGGCACUCCGAUGAAGAAGGGAAUUCUAGUGCGCUGCGCUCUCCGAGUUCUUUAUUGCAAUCAUUUGCUGUCUCAAGAGCCAAGAUGUUGGGGUGCUUUAAUCCGCACUUGGUGUACGAGUGAUUGCCUGAACUCAGAAGGGAAGCUUGUUCCCCUUUACUUAUCGGAACCAGAUCAGACCUUUCAAAGAAUGGUUUUGCAAAUGUCGUGUUCCAUCUUGGAGGAGCUGCGCCAACAGACACAUGCCCAUUUGCCUGACCCAUUUCAUAAAGCUCCCUAUAUUGCAGAGCUGAUCCUCGUGGUCCAGGCUGUCGUUCAGUUUAUGAUGAGCUCUACAGCACCUUUCCAAGCCAUUCUGCAACUCUUCUUUGCUUUUGGAAGGAACGUCUGGGCCCUGUAUCUUCUUCUCGAGGGAAUCAGCCCCAUGGAAGCCCUGCUGCGUAGCUUUAUAAACAGCAUUAACAAGGAGAUGCGUGAAGCAGAGCAGCGCGUGAUCACAGAAUUGCAGAAAUACGGCGCUGCCUACGCGUCCCAACUGAUAGCUCUGUUUUUAAUGCAUAGCAGCGAGGCCGUCCGCACCGUUGGCUUCCACAUCAUUGAUAUAAUCCUGAAGAACAUAACCACAUUGUCUUGGUCUUCGCAGGUUGCCAGUUACUUGAUGAACAGGGUGCUCGGUACUCAGGUUUUUUCCAAUGCCGCAGAGCUGCAGACGCUGAAAACCAAAAUCGGAAGGUUAUCGGCAAAGUCUUAACGUCCCGCUUCGCCGGAAACGCGUGACGAGGACACUUGUGUUUUUAAGAGAAACAAAGCCAAAACCACUUGUUUCUAAAUGCACUUUUAAAAGAGAGCGUAUACUUUUUUUUUUAUAUAAAGAAUUAGAUUGCCAAGGGGUGGAAAUCCAUCGGACUCUUUCUAGUCUGAUCACCCAGAAGGCGGCUCUGCUGCCUGAUUCCGAGCUGUCUACACACUCGUGCCUCUCGUACGCUCGCGUACAAUUCAUGCCAAAUC